GAUAUCGCAUUUGUAUAUAAAAUAUAGGAGAGGUAUAUUAAAUAGGGUUCAAUUAACUGUGGAUUAUCCAUUCUUCUUUAAUUUGUUGUUUUAUUUGUCGCAUUAUUAUAGAUAUUUUCAGUUUAAUCCCAAGAUUAAAAUGUUGAAAAUAGUAGGAUUGUGUUUCUUGGUGGUAAUUAUGGCGUUGGGUGUACAGAGUAUGUACUUGGAGAAAUACGGAGGCCGUGAUUUUUACUUCUGCGCCGAUCAAAAAAAUCCUGGAAAAUUAGUAGCCCAUGAAACUAUAAAAAAACCAAAGGUAGAACUUAUAGACGUCCGCAUUCCAGAAUCCGGAGUUUUGGAAAAUAAAAUUAGCUGCAUCUUAGUCGUUGACAAUAAAGGCAGCGGAUGUGAUCCCUUGAUUGUAAGGGGUGGACUCGGUUCAGAGUUUGUUGAAAUUUCUGUCCCACGGGAUUCGCUACAUUUGGACGAUUAUGACUACAGUUUCUCGGUCUAUGUGACUGAAUAGGCCAUCAAUGGGGGCUCAUCUUCUUCAAUUAAAUAUUGAGUACAUCGAUGAAAUAUGAAAUAAUGAUGUAUGCAUAUUAGUUGAUAAAUGUGAAUAAAUUUAUAAACUUUUAUUUGGAUUCAUU